AAAAAGAAAAGAAAAAGCGGAUUCAAAACAUCUGCCAGUAAAACGUGAAAGUUGUUAUAUAUUGAACAAAAAAUAACGGUGAAAAUAACACGCAGAAAUGACACAAGAAGACCACCUUAUAGUUGCAAUACAAGAAGAACACAAAAGAAAUCCAGUUAUAAAAGAAAGCCUAUCACCGAUUCUACUGCUGCUGAAACUUUUUGGAUUAUAUCAUGAAGAAAAACUCAGCAAAUCAAGUAAAUGGAAACAUAAGUUGUCAAAGAUUUAUAGUUAUGUGGCAAUGCUUUUGUUUCUUGCAGCUAUUGGAAGAUCUAUUGCAGCAAUGUUUUUUGGACGAAACAAGGAAGACUAUUUCGCUAUAUUUGUCUUUAUCGUAUGCUAUCUCAAAUGUAUUGGGAAUCUGAUUGCUUGCAUGAGAAUCAGUCCUUGCUCAAAAUCAACACAGCUGUAUCAAUUUGUUGACGAGCUUCAAGAAUUCUUGGAUAGCAUCAAGUUAAACCAAUGCAGAAGACAGGAAAAUAAUUUCAAAGCGAAAUUACAAAUCUGGCUACUUAUAUUUAUUCUGAUUUUCUUCACAUCAGUUGGUGUUAAUAUAUUUGUUAUGUUGUAUCCAAUUGUGAAUCCGGACAAAGAAAUCGGUCCCGUCAUAUUACCUUUCCCAAGAACUCUACCGACAUGCGUGGCAAAGAUUUUGCUUGAUACACUCGAAUAUGGAGUUCGGCUUUUUCCAGUAGCUUUAUGUGGUAUCCUGACGCAGUCCUUAUCGUACGUAUUUUCUGAAUUCUACAGAUAUUUAAAGGUGAAGGAGCGAGAUGGUUUGUGCUUACGAAGUUACAUCAAAGAGAUACGAGAAAAGUACGUUGCCAUGACGACAAUGUGUACACAACUGGAUGAUUUAAUAGCAUUAUUGAUGUUAGUAUCCUACCUAACAGAUAUCAUUCUGGUUUGUCUCAUGCUGCGAAUCUGCGUGUUUGCAGUGUCUGGGAUCGCGCGAGUUGUUGUGUUGUGCUGGACUUUGCCUUGUGUAUUUUCCCUUUUAAGUAUAUCGUUUUAUGCAUCGCAACUUGUCGAUAAGGGCGGAGAAAUGUGUACUUUUAUUCAAAAACUCGAUAUUAUCAACGUGAAUUUGGAUGCAAAAAUUCAGCUUGACUUGUUGUUGUUUCAUCUAAACUCACAACCCGUUGUCUUGACCAUAUGGAAGAUGAUACCAUUGAACAAAUCCAUCAUCAUUUCAAUCUUUGUCAGCAUCAUUACUUAUUUCACUAUCAUCAUCACUUUCUAAUGGAAUUCACAGAUAAAAAAGUAGUGUCAGAAGUCUCCUGCGAACAAAAUGAGUUUUGUUGUUACUUAUUUAGACAUUAGCAUCCCAGAACUAUUAAGGAUAAAUAUCGAGUUUUAUUCCAAAGAAAUCUGGGGACAAGAUUGUAUUUUAGAGAUAUUUUACAAAGUUGUGUGCAGUAACAAUUUUCUACACUUCACAGAAAAAAAAAAAAAAACAUACCAACAUAAAUUCUCUUGUAUUGUGUUAUAAAUCUUGGUAUGAACGUCUGGUACAAAGCAAAAACU